AUGCGCCUCUUCCAGCAACUUGCUGCGUUGGCUGCAUCGUUCCUCCUCCUCUCGACAGCAGAUGCCAGUUCGAGGUCCAGGAACCCGUUAAACUAUCUCUCACUCAUAGAAAAUCCCCGGAUACGCACGCCCUCACAAAGAGUUCAUGCCUAUUCAAGUUUUGAUCUCACCUUCGAUCUUCAUCAAAAAUCAGAACACAUCAGGCUGAGCCUAGAGCCGAACCACGAUAUCAUUCACGAGGACUCCUAUGUUGAGUAUCUCGACAAGGAUGGCAACGUCAAGCAUGUGGAAAAGAUGCAGCGCGAGGACCACAAGGUCUAUCAGGGCAAGGCUUUUGUGGUCGAGGAUGGUGUUUCCACAUACGGGGGUUGGGCGCGGAUCGUUGUAAGAAGAGACGGUGUACAUCCUUUGUUCGAGGGGGCAUUCACGAUCAACGGCAACCAUCAUCACAUCCAGAUGAAAUCCACCUACAUGGCCACCAAGCAUGUCAUGGACCCGGAAUUGGAGCCGGAUGAUGACGAGUACAUGACCGUUUGGCGGGACACCGACGUGAGUCGCGAGACGGGACAUCGCGAGUUGAAGCGCAGUCUAGGCAUGACCUGUGCUGCCGAUAAACUCGGGUUCAAUUCGGAUCUAAACCACCCUAUCUUCCGCGAUCUGAUGGUCAAGCGUGACACGGGUUACUGGGGCGCGAUGUCCUAUGCCAAUAUGUUUGGCAAACGACAGAGCAUCGAUGGUGGAGGUGCCGGAAAUGGCAAUUCGGCAGGCGUCAAUCUCAGAUCGACCAUUGGCAGCACUGCCGGCUGCCCGACCACUCGGAAAGUUGCCCUGCUGGGCGUUGCCACCGAUUGCACGUAUAGGGCCAGCUUCAAUUCGACCGAUAGCAUGAGACAAAAUGUCAUCACGCAGGUCAACACGGCAUCCGAUUUGUAUCAAUCCACCUUCAACAUCACCUUGGGCCUGAAGAACAUGACCGUCUUGGACCCCGAGUGUCCUGGUACAGCCAAUUCCGUGACCCCGUGGAACGUGGCAUGCAACGACAACACAACUAUGACCCAGCGUCUGAAUCUUUUCUCUCAAUGGCGUGGCCAGCGGGGCGACAACAAUGCCUACUGGUCACUUUUCACCACUUGUAACACCGGCGCCGAGGUCGGGCUCGCGUGGCUCGGGCAGUUGUGCAACACCGGAGCAACGGAUCAGACAGAUACCAGCGGAAGCACUCAAAGUGUUACAGGCGCCAACGUGAUUGCGAAGACAUCGACCGAGUGGCAGGUGUUCGCACACGAAACGGGCCAUACCUUUGGUGCUGUCCAUGAUUGCGAUUCGACCACUUGCGCCGACUCCAACACCGUCAACUCGGGCCAAUGCUGCCCGCUCUCUUCCUCGACGUGCGAUGCCAAUGCUCAGUACAUGAUGAACCCUUAUGCAUCCUCGGACAUCAGCACUUUCUCGCCUUGCUCUAUUGGCAAUAUCUGCAGCGCUAUAGGCCGCAAUUCGGUGCGGUCGAGCUGCCUCAGUGAUAAUAAAGGUGUGGUGACAAUCACCGGGCACCAAUGCGGCAACGGCAUAGUCGAAGACGGCGAAGAUUGUGACUGUGGUGGGGACGAAGGCUGCGGUGGGAACACAUGUUGCAAUCCGAGCACUUGCAAGUUCAAAGAUGGCGCCGUGUGUGAUCCAAGCAAUGAAGAGUGCUGCACCUCAACGUGCCAAUUUUCCAGCGCAGGAACCGUCUGUCGGGCUAGUACCGGCCAAUGUGACCCUGCGGAGACGUGCUCGGGCACCAAUGCCACCUGCCCGACUGAUACUACCGCCCCUGAUGGCACCAGCUGCGGCAACGGACUCAAAUGUGCCAGCGGUCAAUGCACCAGUCGGGAUCUUCAGUGCAAGACCAUCAUGGGCAGCUACACCUCCAGCAACGAUACUUAUGCUUGCAGCAGUGACGCGUGCGUCUUGAGCUGUGCCAGCCCCGACUUUGGACCCAGCGUUUGCUACAGUAUGCAACAAAACUUUUUGGAUGGUACCCCCUGUGGCGGAGACGGAAAAUGUAAAAAUGGUAUAUGUCGUGGUAGUACAGUGGGCGGGCAAGUGAAGUCUUGGAUUGAUGACCAUAAGCCUCUUGUGAUUGGGCUCGCGAGCGCCAUUGGCGGCUUGCUUCUUUUUGCCAUCCUUGGUUGUAUUGUCCGAGCCUGUCGACGACCAAGAGGGAAGAGAUUCAACGGCGUGGCUGCGACCGGUGCUCGCCCGAGGAGAAGAGGCGGCCGCGGAAACCCGUCGUCCGGUUGGGAUGGACCACAGAUCCCUCCUCAGAUGAGGGAUCGUGGCUAUGGAGGUGGCUACCAGUCCCCCCCUGUCCCGACGCAGACGCAGCCUGCUCAAAAUGGCUGGUAUCCGAAUCAGCCACCGCCAGCAUAUGGCGGAUGGGGAGAGGGUUACAAUGCCCAGCAGAGCAGCAGUGUUAGGUACGCAUAG